CAUCUGAUAAAGAUCCUCUUUGUCUGUCCAAUUCAGAUUUCAAGUUCUUUGAAUCUUUUCUUUUUGCACAACAAAUGGCAUUACCAAAACGUGGCCACAGAUUCUUCAAAUUCAGGGGUCAAUUAUCUUGUGAUCAUUUCAGCUUUUAGAUCUUAAUUUCUUUUAGUCAUCAUCAACCAAAAAACAACUUAAUUUUCUUCUGUCUUUUUCCGGUUCAUAAAAUCAGAUUAAAUGGCUUCGAAAAAGAUUGUUUCUGGGGUGAUGGGUUGGAUAAUGCUUAGGAUUGAUUACUCCAUGCUUUUCUGGCUCGUUUUUGGCGUUUUCCCUUACGAAAAUCACGAAGGAAGGCCUCCAAUUAUCUAGCACUUAAUCAUCCAUCGUUCUUUAGUUCUCUACGUUAUUAUUUAUAGCGAGUUCUCUUUUUUGUUUCUUGUUCUUGUUUCUUGAUAAUUAAAUUCGUAGUAUUUUAGACGUCAAUUAGUUACCGGUUCUUGUUACUUUACAAAGAAAUUAAUAGCUCGUGCUAUCACGUCCAAAACGUACCAUGAACAAAUCUUGGUCCAAUGAUUCUCUUCGUGGAGCAAAAUCACAACUUGAUUACGCAGAAAUGGAUCCAUCCGCUCGAUAUGGACGUUUCAAAGAAAUUCUGGGAAAAGGAGCAACAAAAACAGUUUACAAGGCAUUUGAUGAGGUUUUAGCAAUGGAAGUGGCAUGGAACCAGGUGAAACUCAACGACGUUUUCCGAUCACCUGAGGAACUUCAACGGCUAUAUUCCGAGGUCCAUCUUCUCAAAAACCUCAAUCACACCUCCAUAAUGCGAUUCUACACGUCUUGGAUCGAUGUUGAUAAACGGACUUUUAACUUCAUAACAGAGAUGUUCACCGCUGGCACCCUCAGAGAGUAUCGACAAAAAUACAAGCGAGUACACGUACGAGCAAUCAAGGAUUGGGCACGCCAGAUCCUCGAAGGCCUAGCUUAUUUGCAUGGUCACAAUCCUCCUGUUAUCCAUCGCGAUCUUAAGUGUGAUAACAUCUUCAUCAAUGGACAUCUUGGUCAAGUAAAGAUCGGUGAUCUCGGGUUAGCAGCCACUCUUUGUGGAUCGCAACACGCUCAUAGCGUCAUAGGCACACCCGAAUUUAUGGCACCGGAAAUGUACGAAGAAGCCUACAACGAGCUUGUGGACAUCUACUCCUUCGGCAUGUGUGUUUUGGAAAUGCUUACAUCCAAAUAUCCUUACCAUGAAUGCUCCAAUCCGGCUCAGAUUUACAAGAAAGUCACUUCGGGAAAGUUGCCGAAAGCAUUCUAUGAGAUCGAAGAUGCUGAAGCUCAAGAGUUUGUAGGAAAAUGCUUAGAAAAUGCUUCGAGUAGGCCGUCUGCUAGAGAGCUGUUGAUGGAACCUUUCCUUGUUGUUGAAGACCAUUCCGAUCAAUUGAUGGUCAUCUCAACAAUGCCUUCUCAAAACCCUCCUUCGAUGCCUGAAAAGGUGGUUUCUUCGUUACCCAUUAAUGAUCGAAAAAAAUCUACUGAUAUGACCAUCACAGGCACCAUGAACCAAGAAGAUGGUUCAAUCUUCCUCAAAGUACUUAUAUCUGAUAAAACUGGUAAAGCAAGGAACAUAUACUUUCCCUUUGACAUUGAGAGCGAUACAGCGAAUGAUGUUGCUACUGAAAUGGUGAAAGAAUUGGAGAUUAACGACUGGGAACCAUUUGAUAUUGCUAAGAUGAUUGAUACGGAGAUUGCAAAUUUAAUCCCGAAAUGGAAGAAAGGAUCCAUGGAAUCGCUACAAAACCAACAUCAUCAUCAUCAUAGUUUUUGCUAUGAUGAGGAUGAAGAUGAUGAUGAAAACAAUUUGAACCCUUUUCACUCGCGAUCAUCAUCUCAGGCUUCUCUGCAAAGCCUCGAUGCAGUUCGGGAUCAAUUAGAUAGUAUCAUGAUCUCUUCAACGUUUGAUCACUGGAAUAAAGGCAAUAUCUUAAACGAUGAUGAUGCAAGUUGUAAAAGCUCCUUGAAUUCUUUUAACUACUCCAACUUCACUUACUGCUCGGACGAUGAAGAUGAAUAUCGUUCGAUGUCGUAUGCAAAUCAAGACCCACGACUAGUUGGGAAGACGAAGAAUUUUAUGAGGUUUUGCGGUGAAGAGAGAAUGAACAGAAGAUGCAAUAAUAGGCAAAAAGUUGGGCCUGAAACGAGCCAAUUUGGGAAUAUAAAGAGUGUAGGAUCUGCCGUUGAUAUCCGCAGCCAAUUGCUCCACCAAUCGUUGGUGGCGGAGAUUCACAAGCGGCGGUUGUUCAAGACCGUUGCUGCUAUCGAGAAUAUCGGCUACCAUGAACCAACUUGGUGACUUCCAAUUGGUACUGUGUCAAAAUAUAACACUGUACAUAGAAAUAAGAAUAAAAAUCUAUUAUCCUCAAGUUCCAUGUCGAUCACUUCCGUAUAAGUAUCCAACAAUCAUGUAAAACCACAUCAUUAUAUUUAAUAAAAUAAUGACAUGUAUUUACAUGAUUGAUGAGACACGGGAUUUGGAGACAACAAAUUUUUAUUCAAAAAAAACGAUGGUUUGAAUGGUGAGAUUUGUGAAUUUGAAUGAUUAGUGUGAUAUUUGUAUUGUAUGGUGUGUAAUUUUGAGUAUAUUCAAUAUGUGGUAUGAUUUGUAAUAUGAAACUUGUGAUACUUUUCUAUUGUUUUAUUUCUUUUGG